ACUGGCCCGUCGGGGCCCGCGCCGGCGGCCCCGGGGGCGCCCAUGCCAUGGAGAAGCUGGCGGCCGGACUGGCGGGCUUGCGCUGGAGCAUGGGCGCCUUCCCGCUCGACCUCAUCGUCAGCCGCUGCCGCCUGCCCACGCUCGCCUGCCUCGGGCCAGGGGAAUACGCCGAGGGCGUCAGCGAGCGGGACAUCCUGCUCAUCCACUCCUGCCGCCAGUGGACAACGGUGACAGCCCACACCCUGGAGGAGGGCCACUACGUCAUCGGGCCCAAGAUCGACAUCCCCCUGCAGUACCCAGGGAAGUUCAAGCUCCUGGAGCAGGCCCGAGAUGUGCGGGAGCCAGUGAGGUACUUCAGCAGCGUGGAGGAGGUGGCCAGCGUCUUCCCGGACCGCAUCUUUGUGAUGGAAGCCAUCACCUUCAGUGUCAAGGUGGUGUCGGGCGAGUUCAGCGAGGACAGCGAGGUGUACAACUUCACGCUGCACGCGGGCGACGAGCUCACGCUCAUGGGCCAGGCGGAGAUCCUGUGCGCCAAGACCACGAAGGAGCGCUCGCGCUUCACCACCCUCCUGCGCAAGCUGGGCCGGGCCGGGGCGCUGGCCGGGGCGGGCGGCGGGGCGGCGGGCGGCGGCGGCAGCGGGGGCGCCGGGCCCGGCCGGGGCAAGAUGCCCUGCCUCAUCUGCAUGAACCACCGCACCAACGAGAGCCUGAGCCUGCCCUUCCAGUGCCAGGGCCGCUUCAGCACGCGCAGCCCGCUGGAGCUGCAGAUGCAGGAGGGCGAGCACACGGUGCGCGCCAUCAUCGAGCGCGUGCGGCUCCCGGUGAACGUGCUGGUGCCCAGCCGGCCGCCGCGCAACCCCUACGACCUGCACCCGGUGCGCGAGGGCCACCGCUACCAGCUGGUCAGCAUCAUCUCCAAGACCGUGGUGCUGGGGCUGGCGCUGCGCCGCGAGGGCCCCGCGCCGCUGCACUUCCUGCUGCUCCCCGACACGCCGCGCUUCGCGCUACCGCAGGGGCUGCUGGCCGGCGACCCGCGCGUCGAGCGCCUGCUGCGCGACAGCGCCGCCUACUGCCGCGAGCGCUUCGACCCGGACGAGUACUCCACGGCCGUGCGCGAGGCGCCCGCCGAGCUCGCCGACGACGGCGCCAGCCCGCGCCGCGCGCGCCUCUGCCUGCCCGCGCCGCGCGCCCCGCGCCCCGCCCCGCUCGGCCAGGCCCCGGCGGCCGGCGACGGCGACCAGGAGUACGUGAGCCCCGACUGGGCCGGCGCGCCCGCCGACCUCCCCUACGAGGAGCUGUGGGCGCGCCCGGCGGCCGAGGGCCUCGCCGAGGCCAGGGCCAGGCCGCUCCCCGGGCCCGACCUCCUCUCCUUCGGGGCCGCCGGGCCGUCCCGUCCGGAGCCCGAGGCGCCGCCGCCCCCCGUGCCCCCCAAAUCCGAGGCGGUGAAGGAGGAGUGCCGCCUGCUCAAUGCCCCACCUGUGCCACCCCGCGGGGGCAGUGGCAACGGCUGGCUCUCGGGCAGCCCCCCAGUGCCCCCACGCUUCCCCAAGCUGCAGACUGUGCACUCCCCUAGCUCCAGCCUUUCCUUCUACUCCUCUGGCCUCCAGGAUGGGGCAGGCUCCCGCAGUGGCAGUGGCUCCCCGUCGCCGGAUGCCUACUCCCUCUACUGCUAUCCGUGCACCUGGGGGGACUGCAAGGCAGGCGAGUCCUCCAGCCGCCCGCCCCCAGGGCCCCUGCCCUCAACCACGCAGCCCGCCCAGGCCUCCCGGACCCACGCAGAGUCCUUGAGCAGUCGAGCUGCCUCCCUCUUGGGGGCCGACACCCCUGUCAAGACUUACCAGAGCUGCCCACCUCUGUUCAAGCCCUCGCACCCCCAGAAACGCUUUGCUCCGUUUGGAGCUCUCAACCCCUUUUCUGGGCCGGCCUACCCCUCGGGCCCUUCCACAGCCUCGUCUUCGGGGCCCGUGAGCACGGCGGGUCCCCUGGCUACUACCUCCUGCCCGGCGUAUUCCCCUGGCCCAGCCUCCCCAGGCCAGGCCUACCCAGCUGCACCCACCUCCUCCUGCCCCACCUCUUCUUCCUCCUCCUCUGAGUGGCAGGAACCAGCCCCCGAGUCCUUUGAUCCCUUCGAGCUGGGGCAGGGCAGCUCUCCAGAGCCGGAGCUGCUGCGCUACCAGGAGCCCAGAGCCGCAGGGGGGCCUGGGUCCAGAGCCUGCCUCUCACCACUCGGGCCCCGCAAGGUGUUUGAGCCUGAAGGUCUGCUCCUGCGGCAGGUCUCCACCCCACUGUCACCAGGAGCCCUGCAGGGGCCGGAGGCAGGUGGGACCUGCCUCUUCCUCACCCAGGGGCGCCCAGAAGGGCCUCCUGCCAGCCCCCGCGAUGGGGCCACAGGCUGGGGUGGCCGGGACGCUUCCUGGCAGCCCCCCGCUGACCUGUCUGCGCUCUCCCUGGAGGAGGUCUCUCGCAGUCUGCGCUUCAUCGGGCUCUCAGAGGACGUGGUGCGCUUCUUUGCCCGAGAACGCAUUGACGGCAGCAUCUUUGUGCAGCUCAGCGAGGACAUCCUGGCAGAUGACUUCCGUCUCACCAAGCUGCAGGUCAAGAAGAUCAUGCAGUUCAUCAAAGGCUGGCGGCCCAAGAUCUGAACUUCCUGGCUUGGACUGCCCAGCUGGGGUGCUGGCACGGAGCCUCUGGGGACCGGCCGUGGCUCUGCUGGGGGACAGCACUUCUUGAGAGGCGGGAACUCCUGCCCACAGGAAGUCUGUGCCAAGAGGAGGCGCCAGGCGGCCACUCAGAGCAAAGCCAUGGGAGACUUGGAGAUGUGGUCCUCUGGGAUCAGACCUCAGCCUGAGAACGUCUUGCCUUCUGAGUGGGCAGAGCAUGUGGAGAAGCGGCUGGAGGCCCCAUGGGCCUGGUGAGGCACCAGCUGUGAUUCCUGGAGGGGUCAGAAGCUGGCCUUCAUGGGGCCCUGACACCUCCAUGCCCUGCUGCAGAACUUCACAGACAUCUUUGCUUCUCAGAUUUGGAGGUUCAAGUUAAAGACAAAGUAAGGAUGGUCCAUAAUUUAAGCACAAAUUCCUCAAGUGUCCUCUCCUUUGUGCUCUGUGGGCUUUUGGCCUAAGCAGCCCUGGAGUCACAGGUGCCGAUUUCUGUACCUCUCGGAUGCCCCCUUGACCUUCCCUGCCUGGCCCUGAGCACAGUUCAGUCAGCACAGGUAUCGCCUCUGGGUUCCGGUUUGUGGGUGAUGAGUUUGGGAAGAUGCAGCUCUGCCACUGACCCACCUAUCUAGUGAGAGAGGCAGUUGUGCCCCAGAUGUCCACGACGCCUUGGCUUCAGGGCUGAGCUCACUGUAUCUUUUCAUUCCUCCUGACAGCUUGGGUUCAGAGCCUUCAAAGAGUGACUCCAUGGAAGAGCAGGUGGCCUUAGCGAAGCUGCAACUUGAUUCUAGGGGGAGGUGGCUUUCAGUCACUCCCACCUUUGCCAGUUCCCUGCCCCCAUCAUGGUGGCCUUUCCUGUGUUUUUGUCACAGGGUAUGUAUGGUUGGGAGAGGGAGAACACAGUGGCUUGGGAAAACCCCUCUUUUCCCUUCCUUGUGGUGCUCAGUCCUUUGCAUUUAGUCACAGGCUUCAAAGCAGGUCUUGGUGCCCCUGCCUCUUGAGGAUGGGGCUCUAUUGUGAACCCCAACCCCUGCCCCUGUGCCAUUCCCCAUCUCAGCUAACCAGGAGCACACCAAAUUGCACUCCCAUGUCUACUAGUGUUGGGGCCCAGGGCUGCCAGCCUUCUCUCUGCCUUAUUUGCCUACCUAUUUAUUUCCUCAGUGUUUAUAUUCAGUAGCCAAGCCAUGCUGGAAGCAGGCUGCCUCAGCUCAGAGGGGAGGGAAGCCAGGACGUGGGACACAGAAACAGUGUAGCUGUGACAUCUGGGUUUCUUACAGAUCGUUUAAUGAAUCCACAUGGACUAGUGAAAUAAAUGCUAGCCCACUGAAAAAGAGUGCAAGUGGCAUUCUGGGUUUCCUGCUGCUCUUUCUGCUUUUGGAGGGAUGGGCGCGAUGGGCACAGUGUACCUGCCCGUGGGCAGGGGAAGACUUGGGAAUGGUGUGUGCAUGCAGCCCGAUCCCGUGUCCCAAGAAGCAGCUGGCAGUGCCAGCCCUCAUUCCCCUCUGAAAGCCCCUCACCCUCCCCUAACCUUCAAGAACUCUCCAACUCCCACUAAUAUUUCAAUAUAGCCCACACCUGCCUAGGCUUGCUGAGUGGAAAGACCUGGACUUUAAAGCUCACUGCCACCAGCCAGGGCCAAAGGUAACUUCCUGGAACUGCCAGCAUGCUGCCAUGAGGUUCUCUGGCCUGCACAUUAGGAGACUGCUAGCAGCCUUGAUGCAGAGGAUAGUUCUCUGCCUUCAACUGGCCAUUUGAAAACCUCAGCUCAGAGAUAACUUGGUUUUAGGUUCUGGUUUCCUAGCAACCAACUGUUAAGCAGAGCCAGAGCCAAGCUCCCUGCCUGCCAGUCCCAACAGCACAGCUGGGACCAGGAAACUAUUAUUUGAAGUACUGGCACUGGCACACAGGCAGGAGUAACUGGUAAUAUCUGCAAGUUUAGAAUGCACCAAGUGUGACGGGACUUGACUUAGGAUUCUGCACACAUUCAGUGUGGAUCCAUCUGUCAGACCCAGUUAGGAGCUCUGACACUGUUUACUCAGACUGGGCCCUGCUUCUGCCAGAAUGUGAGUAUAGGAACUUUCUGCACCAGGGGAGGUGAGAAGAAGGGGCAGGUCACAGUAUCCUUGUACUAUUCACAGGCGUCAUGGAGGCAGAGGUAGUAGGCCCAUCUUCUGUGCUUCCAGGCAGCUGAGAGGUGUGGGGCAUACCGAACAGCAGGGUAGGAUCAAUCUCCUCAGCUCUACUCCAGGGCACCCACAAACACCCCAGGUGCGUGCAUACGUCAACUGUGAGUCGCAUCAAGGAAAGAACUGGGUAAAAUCAUGCAAUGAGGAAAUCCAGUUAGGGGAAAGCAGUGUCUUUCACCUCUUGGCUUGCCAUACCUGUUACAUUCCUGCUGCUCUAGCUAACUGGGGCCACCGCCCCUCUGCAGGCAGAAUGGGAAUUAAACAUGGCUUUAAGUGACUUUAGGCUCAUAACGUUUCACUUUCUUUAACCACAGUCCCUCUCCUAACGGCUCUCCCAGCACAGUCUUACUCCAAAAUCACAGGGCUUUAUUCCAACUCGCUUCUCAAAGGAAAGGUUUAAACCAGAAGGGUAAAGACAGAAGAAAAAGGAACAGAGCAGGCAGAGAGGCUUGUAGAGCUUGGCUUUAUUGUUACCAGGUGUUUGGCUGGAUGCAGAAUUGCCCUCGCUGCCAAUGGCCUCCUGGGAAGGAACAGGCAGCGAAGAUGGCCCCAGAGAUGCCGCCACUUUGGCCUUGGGACUCAUGAUACCACGAGCACAGUGGGUUCCACCUUCCAAGAUGAAGUGCAAAAUCUGAUUCACAGUCAGACUUCACCAGGAUGGAAAGAUGGUCAUGGCUGAAGGCACUUUAAUCAAGGAGCAAACCUGAUGCCAGUGUUGGUUUUCCUUCUGGUGACUCAGAGAUAACUAGAUGCCACUAUGAUGGAGGCCCAGCGCUGUCUGCAGCCAGGGGUUAGUGCGCUUACUGAGCAAGGCACAAGGCCCGCUCACUGGUAAAACUUCUUGUUAGGGCUGUUAGCAUGGUCAAUUAGCAGCUGGCACGGGGUGAAUUGGUUCCCAUAGGCAGCCUCGUACUUCCUGAGCCGGUCCACAACCUUCUGAGCACCGUACAGAUCCACAAAGCGGAAGGGCCCUAAAUGGAGAAAGAGAACUUUGUGAAGGAGACAGCAACAAGAGUGCCAGGAUGAAGCGAGCCAACUUCCCAAUUUGCAAGACCAACCUCCAAGACAAGGGGGGAAGCCGAGCCCAAAGACUGCGCCAAUGUCUCCUUCUGCAGGCGUGGCCAGGAUCCCUUCCUGCAGGCACAUGACUGCCUCGUUUACAAAUCUUGUCACCAGGCGGAACUGGAUGUCUUCAUCAGAGGAGCUGCCGCCAGCAAGAGACAUUAGGUAGAGGAAGAGUAAAACGGGAGGGACGUGGGGGCUGCAGGUGCAGCGUGUGUAGUGAGGGUUGGGGCUGAUGGAGCUCCGAGGGGCAGUCUGUCCUGAACAUCAGCUCUGCAGAAAAGCAGCUGCCUGGGAGUCCCAGCCUUUCCCUUGCAAGAAGAUAGAGGGUACGUGCCCUAAUUAACAUGAAAAUGAGCACCCAGAACAGAGCCUGGCACACAGUGCGUCAUCAUAUAUUUCUUGACUUUAGCGACGGUUACUCACAAAUGAUCAUCUAUCUGGGAGGGGGAGGGGGCAAGGACAAUCUGUCUUCCCAGCUGUGAAUCUGGACCCCUUGGUGCAGGCUGGAGUGGGGGUCUUGAUGAGGCUGGGCCAUGGUGCUCACCUGAUGCCCGCCAGAGAGCGAGGUGGCACAGGGAAGGGCUCAAAAGUUAAAGUGCCACACCAGAAAAUGGAAGAGGGGCUGAGAAGCUUUGAGCUACCAGAGAAAUAUGCUUCCAAGACACUAGCUACCCAAACUGACUUACACCUCAGACUUAGGAGGCAUCUUCAGACUUGACAAAAUACCAUCCAUUUCAGAAUUCAAAUUCCUUUUCUUCGUACCCUCUUGGUAGAUAUAAAAGCCCUUCCCAGACUUGCGACCUAAAAGAAGCAAUAAUAGGAAGUAACAAAUAUGCAGAGCCCAGUCAGAAUUCUCUUCUCUGCUGGUCUGCUGUAAAGCUGUAGCCUCUCUUUCUAUUCUUGAAUCUGUAUGUCUAGCUAACUCUAGAACUUUAGUCUUUGUCUUCAGAAGAGUGGUGGCAGAGAUGGAGAAAAGAGCUGGUGCUUCCUGGAGCCUGGAAAUCUGUAUAUCUGGAUGAGAAAGGCAGCACUUGGGUGAGUUUUAAUGUCCAGAUACGCCACACCAGGCCCCAGGAUGCC